UGCAGAUUGGUUUUAUGGAUAAUUUGUCCACAAUAAAUAAUCUAAAUAAUGGAGUGAGGAGGUUGAGAGAGUGCAGUGUGUACAGUAAGUUAUUAAAGGGGUACUUGCCCUGAGUCCCCCUGCAGUCCCCCUGAGUCCCCCUGCAGUCCCCCUGCAGCCUGUCUAGGUGCAGUAUUGUCAAUGGAUCCAGGAUGUCCGCAGGUAAAAAGCCGUAAAUGUUUUUUCAGCUGAUGUGUAUUCGGGGAGGAGAGUCCAUUAAGAGUGCACACAAACGUGUUGGGUGGAUGCCGCGUUCACGCAUUCACACCCGCAGCCCCAUCAGCGCGCGCGCACACAACAAAGUGAACGGAGGUCACCACGGUGCGAGCCGCUGCUUAUUAUCGCACUUCCGGCGCGCUUUGAUCAGCCGGGCACCUUCAGGACCGUAUAUAUAUAUAAACAGCCCAGAAGCACACACACACACACUCCCAUCUCAACACGGGUACAAGCAGGAGGACACGGCGACUCUACACGGCCAACUCAUGAGCACGGAAUACCCACAACACCCCGCGUUUCCAGCCAGCAACCUGAGCAGGAACAGCACCAUGCAGCCUGCAGACUACAGCAUGUACGAGAGAGCGGCUUUGGUGAAGAACAGCAGGCCCGUGACGGACAGCGCGGCUCUUCUAACACACCGCAGGAAGAGAACCAACUUCACCCAGCAGCAGAUCGAGGUGCUGGAGAAAGUCUAUUCGGACACCAAGUACCCGGAUAUUUACCUGCGGGAGAGACUGGAGGUGCUGACUGGUUUACCUGAAUCUAGGAUCCAGGUAUGGUUUCAGAACCGGCGUGCCAAAUCACGGCGUCAGGUUGGAGCUCUGGUUCCUGUGAAGACUAAAGCAAGCGUUCCCAUCAUCCCAAACAGACCACCGGCUUCGUACCCGCUUCAACACGAGCAGCUGGGGCAGGAGCCCAGGGGCAAGUUCACUCAUCCGGGCCAGGAGCUGAGAGACGUCUUCUCUCGACCACACCGAGGCUACGACUCCAACUCCAUGUCCUGCUUGUUCAGUCAGGCUAGCGAUGACCAGAUCCGAGUGGAUCGGGUGAAGAGAGACGGCCUGCGUGACGUUCAUCAGUACCACAGGACAAGCGGACACGUUUCAGCUCAGAGCAAGCCCGAGCCCUCGGUGAAGCCCGUAUUGGUGGACUAUGACAAUUUCCCUCCUAACAGAACCAUCGGCCCGGACAUGAGAGUGGUCAUCCCUCCAGUCCCGACGCAGGUGAACUUCAUCCCGAACCGGUCGCCACCGACGAAGAUUACCGGUCCUCUGCAGCACACGCAAGUCAGAGUGCCACACGACAGCCUGGGUCAUUUUUCACCCAUCGGCAGCAGCGACACGGGAGAUUUUUCAGAUUCUGACUCCGACUGGGAGAAAGAAGCCCUGGCUGGGUUUAACGCUUUCAUAUAAUUUAGUUCUAUUCCCUUUUCAGCGAAUGUGUAUAAAAAAAAAAAUUAAAAAAAAAAGAAAAGAUUUUCAAAUCAAUUAUUUAUUUUAUAAAUAGUUGCACUAUGUUACUGUUGAAAAAAAAAAUAAAACAAUACAGUGUACAUGAAAUGUGUCUGACUUUCUACAAAAUCCAGGAAAACAAUCAUCUUCUGUGUGUAAUGUUUAAUUAGAAAUGAAUAAAACGUAUAUACAUUUACACAUACCAGUUAAAUAAAAUAAAAUAAAAAAAAAUGAAUGGUGGAAAUCAUUUAAAAGUAAACUUCCCGAACCCAAAAUAAUGGAAGAUACGCAAAGGUAUUGGCGAAGUUUAAACACGGAGGAAGAGAACAAUCUGAUCGUUACCGUUUUUACACCGUUUACGUCUACACCUCCAUCGAAUUCGUCUCUUUACAAAAAUACUUAAAAUUACUUACAAAACGUCCGUACAUACACGUCCGAUUCCUCAAUAAACUGUACAGUUAUCUACAAUAUACACAUUCAAAAAUCUCUUCUGUCUUAGACACCUGAAACUGUAGGGGGUUUUUUUUUGUGUGUGUGUUUUUUUUGAAGGAAGCGUAAAAUAAAACGCUGGGAGAAA